AUGGCGUCCUCACAACCACCACGCUCGCGACCUCCUCCACCACUCACCUCAUCACCAUAUCCAUUCGCCGCCGCACCUGACAUCAUCCGCGCCCACCAAAAGGACGCCUACUUCCAAGGCGUCCUUAACAACCAGCUCAGCGACCUCCACCGCCGUCUGCGCGGCGCGCGCUCCGCCCACGCCUGGGCCACCGAAACCCGCACCUUUUCCGACGCGCUCUACCUCUGCCUGACCACCCUCAUCGGCAACCGCACCCUCGGCGAAGAAUACUGCGAUCUCGUCCAAGUCGAAGCCCCAUCCGCGCCAAGCCGCGAUGGCCCCCCACCACAACCAUCCACCCCCGACUAUCCCUCCAACAGCAACACCACCGGCCCCCUCCUCCCCUCCAUCUCCCGCCGCGCCGGCUACAUCGCAACCUCCAUAAUUCUCCCCUACCUCGCCUCACGCACGCUCCCCUCCGUCCGCAGCACCCUCCGCACGCGCAUCCGCGCCCGCCUCGCCACACUCACCCGGCAGGGGCGCGACGAAACCUGCGAUAAGUCCGGCCGGCCCUCGACCGAGUACCGCGUGCUGCGGUAUCUGCUCGCUCACCUCACACCGCUGACCAGUGGUGCGCAUUUUCAGGCUGUUGUGCUGGCGGUGUUUUAUUUUACGGGGGCGUAUUACUCGCUGUCGAAGAGGUUGUGGGGGUUGAGGUAUGUGUUUACGCGUCAGGUGGAGCAGCAAGGAGGAGCAGGAGGAGGUGGGAGUGCGAGUGCGAGGGCGGGGUAUGAGGUGUUGGGGGUGUUGUUGGUUGUGCAGAUGUUGGUGAAGGGGUGGAUGCAUAUCCAAGAGCAAUUGGCUGUCGCGAGGUCAACGGGUGCUGGCGAAGAGGACGAUGAGGGGUUCCGAGAGAGGGCAGUGUUUGGGUCGGGGAUGAAUGUGGACGUGUCGAUGGACGACAACGCGUAUUCGAGUAAUAAUGAGCUCCUCGGGGGUGGUGCUGCGGGACUAGGGGGCUCAUCGCAGAGGAGUCUAGCGCAGAUCGGUAGCAUGGCGCAUACACCUGUGCCCAAGGCCGGACGGGCCAGGUAUGACUUGGGGACGAGCGAGGAUGUAAUGGGAUGGAUCAAGGGUGACCAACAGAGGAAGUGCACCCUGUGUUUGGAGGAACUCAAGGAUCCGGCUGCGACGCAGUGCGGGCAUGUCUUUUGCUGGGCGUGCAUUGGAGAUUGGGUGAGGGAGAAGCCGGAGUGUCCGUUAUGUCGAAGGGAAGCGAUGGUGCAACAUAUUCUGCCUCUGCGUGUUGCGUAG